AUGAGCCAAGAUGUGUCGGAUGCGAUCAGCAUUUUGGCGUGCGCUCUUCGCCUUCGGCAUCAUAGCGGCUACGACGUGUUGGACGCAAUCGAAAAUCUCGACGGUUUUCUAGGGUAUGAUGUUGAGCAAUGGCUCAAUGUCUACAUGGAUAAAACCGAGGAGGUAGACAAGCUGGCCUCAAACGAUACUGCAAUCCCGGAUGAAAUUCUCCUACUUGGCGCGCUUCGUACUUGUCCUAACGAGUCCUCCAGCCAACAAAGGAGAGAGGCUAUCUAUAGGUUGGAUGGUUUCAAUGACCACGAUCGUCGUACCUGGCUCCGUUCCUACCUCGAGAAUAUAGCUUUGCUUCACCGGCAAGCUUCCAUAACUUCCAGUUCUGUAGCAGAAACCACAUCAGAGCAGAGUUCCUCAACUUGGAGCGGUAGCGCUAUGGUUCCCAAGCCCCCAUCCAUCUUCACUGUACGAGAGGAUACUAGUACCUUCGACUCGGCCAGCAUCAGCGCUUCCUCACGACGUGAAGUCGAGGUAGAAGAUACUCCGCGCUCUACUCAUAAAACCUCAUCGUCCUCAUCCUAUACGUCUAGAAAGUCUUCCAUCCCCAGUUCCCAUGUUAGAAGGGUUGAGGAAGAGCACCGAUUAUUAUCACACUCGCUGGAUCUAGAACUCCGUACACAAAGGCCUGAAAGUCGCCCCACGACUGCUUCAGGUCGUUCUACAAGCAACAUCCAACGCACUCCACCUCCUCACACCAAGGUUCCGGUUAUUCCAGCCACGCCUGCCCGCCCUGACUUCCCUUGCCGAGAUCAUUCGAUGAUUGACGCUCUUAAACCCUUAGACUCUGCUCAGGGUCGGAAUGCAGCUCACAUGGCCCAAGUUUCACCUCUGUCGGCCCCGUCAUCUCAUCUUUCUACUCAUCGAUCGGGCACCACACAUGCCCCGCGUGCUCGUUCUUCUCCUGGCCCUCAAGUCGUGACACGUCCUUCAGAGCUAGCAUCCAAUAGUCAACUUGCGGCCGGAGCUACUCUAUCCUUCACAUUUUGCUCCGCAUCUUCUCGUACAGUUUCCAUCGAAAAUGCCGCAGCGUCGUCUUCGCGCCGUGCGCCCUCUCCCCGCCCUAAUAAUGAUCCUUGUGGCCACCACCCACCUGCUUCAAGUACACCCCGCUCACCAGUAUUCACGCGCCGGCCAUUUCUAGUGCCGUAUUCGCCGUCUUCACAUCAUCAGACUUCCGAGGACAGCGAAGACGGAUUAGAGACUAAAGACCAGCCGCGAACCGGUUCCGUGCCUCGUAUCGCGGCUUUGUCCCAUUCUGGACCACCCGAGGACUCUGACGGCGAAAAAGAAUCUUCGAAUAAGCUGAGAAAUGCUUGUGCUUCCACGUCGACCGCUAAUCCUGGAAAGCGUCGUCGAUCCGUCACCUUCACCUCUUCCUCUUCGAGCACUUCGGACAGCGAUAUCGAAAUCGUCGCUGAUACGCUCACUUCUUCGAGAACUCUGCGUUCCAAAGACCAGAAUGCUGCAGACAUCCGCUCUCCGUUGUCUGCACGAAAGAAAAUUCGGUUGAUGAAGGAGGAAAACCCGAGCUACACUACCAUGCAUUCACCAUCGAAGAUUAUACGUUUCUCUGCGAUCUUUUUGCGCACGAGGUACAACUUCCGGAGAACAAGGAUAAGAAACUCACGUUCAUAG